AGACAAACAUUGACAGGCAGACAAUAUUGACCGUCGGCUUCGCUAAAGAGAAACGAAAGAAAGAGUACAAAAAGUAACCAAUCGUUUACUCGUCUCAUGUACAUAGAUAACGGUAAGAGUUUCUUUUUGCGAUCGCACGUUUUGACGACAGUUAUCCAUACAUAUUGGCAUAGCUGACACACAAUGGUGGCGCAGGCGCCGGCACGCGAACACUACUCGCUCGCAAGUCAUUCCGUUAGUCGGCUACUGAGACGGCUUCACUUUCCAUCAAGCAUCUCGGUCAACGAAAAAUCGAAAAAUAUUACAAGUUUUAUCUGUGAACGCAUCGCAACUUGACGUUUGUUUCGGCGGGAAAAUUGUCUGCAAAUAUGAGAGGCUUUUUAAUUCUAUUGACGCUGUGCUUGGUGUUUUCAUCCUGUGAAAUGAAGAGGAAAAAAGUGAGGGAUUACCCAACGGAGAAGCAGUUGACUUUGCAACGAAAGGAAACGACGCCAGUGGACUUCACUAGGCUACUGGUGAUGAGGGUUGUGUAUGGAGUGGCGAAGAUGAUGGGCUUCCAAGAGCAAGUUGGUGAUGUGUUGAAUGGUGCUCUUGUGCCACCGGGAGCCGAUGAUGAUGAUGAUGAUGACUUUUUUGGUGAUGAUGACGAUGACGACGGUAUCUUUGGUGGUGAUGACGAUUACUAGUAAUUUUGAACAGCAGUUUAUGUGUUUGCCUUUGAUAAUUGUGGUUGUAGCCAACAAACAUUAUUUUAGUACUAUGCUCAAUUGGUUUCAUCUACUAUGUACCUACUUAUCAAAAAUAAGAGAUAUUUUGUAUAAUCUUUAGGUGUUUAGUAUGUACUAAAUGAUAAAGUAGUACAAUUAUAUGAUCACCUAUUUCUUCAGAUUACCAUGCUUUAAUUUUUACAGGACAGAAGAGAGUUUUAAAUGUUCAUAUAAAUAGAAGCAUUCAGUUUUACGAGUAUGUUGUUGCAUAAUUCGUAUUCGUCUUUUUACUUGCAAUUUCCUCAAGAGUACCUAGUUUACUAAUGUGUC